GCCACAUCCCCAAAACAAAACGCACACAAAAAAGCACAUCUCACCUCUCGAAGACUUGGGUGUUGAAAGAGCGGACCUCAGUACUGCGUUUCUCUCUCUCUCACCGAACACACACGGUACUUGUUCGAUCUUCUUUGCUUUCAUCAACCACUUGAGAGAAUCUCACAGUGCCACAAACUCCAACAUUGCUCAAAAGUUUUCAGACAUCUCUGAAACUUAAGAAAAGUCAGAGAGACAAUAUUUUGAUUGGGUUCUUCUGAUGGAGGAGGAAAACAAUGUUAUGGAAGAAACAGCUCUCAUCGAAGAUUCUUCUUCUGAUGUUGAAUUUGCCUGUGGAGAUCCAAAAGUUGAGCCUCGUGUUGGAGACGAGUUUCAGGCUGACAUUCCUCCUAUCUUGUCUGCAUCCCAACGUGCACUGUUUCUUUCAACUCCUCCUCUACCUUUGGAUGAUGAUUCCUCAUACUCUUUUCUCAUCGGACAACCUGUUCAACUAACGUGGAUAGACAAACAUCCAAAAGGAGAUGAUGAUGAUGAUGAUGUUGACAUGAACCAAUCUUUGAAAUCUUUUAGAGCAAAAAGAAGUCGUUACUCUGCUAAGAGUGACAAGAAGAAUCCGAAAUCCAAGAAGCAGAGAUUGAAAAAUCUCGAGGCUGUUCCGGAGAUACCAUCCAGUUCUUGGGAAGAUCAUGAGGUUGCCAGCUUUGUUCUCGGUCUUUAUACAUUCGGGAAGAACUUCACUCAGGUGAAGAAGUUCAUGGAGACCAAAGGAACAGGAGAUAUACUCUUGUUUUACUUUGGCAAGUUCUACAACUCAGCUGGAUACCACACCUGGUCUGAUUCACGCAAGAAGCGUAGCAGGAAAUGUGUAUACGGAAGAAAACUCUAUUCAGGUUGGAGGCAACAGCUGAUGCUAUCCCGUUUGAUUCCUUCCGUCUCUGAUGAAUCUCAGAUACAGAAGCUUGUGAAUGUCUCAAAGUCAUUUGCUGAAGGGAAGACCACUCUGGAGAAAUACAUAGACGCGUUGAAGGAUCUUGUGGGUCUCAGGCUUCUGGUAGACGCUGUGGCCAUUGGCAAAGGCAAAGAGGAUCUCACAGUUCGUACAUCAGCGCCACCACCAGUUAAGACCAAACCAUGGUUCACUGUUUCUCCAAAGUCUUCUUCUUCUGGCUUAGGUCCGGCUUACGCUUCACUCACCUCUGCCGACAUAAUAAACCAGUUGAAAGGCAGUUCACGUCUAAGCAAAGCUCGUUGCAGCGACAUCUUCUGGGAAGCCGUGUGGCCGCGUCUGCUAGCCAGAGGAUGGCACUCGGAGAAGCCAAAGGACAGAAGCUAUAAUACAUCUAAGGAUAACAUUGUUUUCAUCGUCCCUGGAGUGAAACGGUUCUCGAGAGGGGAGCUUGUGAAAGGCGAUCAUUACUUUGAUUCCGUCAGUGACAUUCUAGCUAAGGUUGCUUCAGAGCCUGAGCUUCUUGAGUUUGAAACAGGAGGAGUGAACGUUGUUGCGGAGAACUCUUCUGACCAAUCAGAUGAAGAAGAGUCUUCCUCCCCGUCUGGUAGUCAAAGACACCGUUACCUCAAGUCUCCAUGCUCUUCUUCUAGCCGUGGGAACCUGCAGAUGAGAUUCACUGUCGUCGACACUAGUUUGGCUGCUGGAGGGAAACUGUGUGAUCUGCGGAAUCUGAAAGAAAAGUAUAUAGUCUCUGAGGCAAAGACUGGUUUAGGAGACAAAGGUUCUUCCCUGUCAAGUCAGAAAGUGGAAACGCCCCAAGUGAUGCCUCUGGACGCUCCGAUGCGGUUCGUUAUUGUUGAUUCGAGUCUAGACCACAGUAAAAAAUGGUCCGGUUUAAGGAGAUGGAAACGUUUACCAAGUGAUGAUUCUAGCAUAAAGCAGGAAGAGAGUUUGGAGAGGGUUAAGGAUCCACCAAAGAGGAUGAUCAAGCAUAGAGGAGAAACUAAUCAUCAUUCAGUAAAGUCUGCUGCUCCGUCGUUGAAACGCAGACGGCUCAGUGCUUGCAUAAAGAGGGAGAAGAGCCUCUCUAAAGAGGAACCUGAAUCAGACCAGUUAAGUUUAAGUGCGGUCCAACACCAAAACAACACUCGUGAAGAGAUGGAUGAGGAGGACAAAGAGAGAUAUGAAUCGGUUGAUCAUAUGAAGUUAAAGUCUGAUCAAUCAGAAAAGACUGGGACUGGACCGUCUUCUUAUGAGGCUGUUGAGACCCAAGAGAUAGUGGCAGAGAGCAAACCGAUUGGGUUAAGUUCGAUCCCUGGUGUGGACAAUGACUGUUCUCCAGAGGAGGUAAGAAGAAGCCAUGAACUCGUUUCAUCAGAACAUGACUCAAAGGGGUCUUGUUCAGUGUCAGGCUCAGAGGAAAGACGUGUUUCCAAAGAUCCGGAGCAAGAGCAAGAAGAAGUUGAGCUCCCUCCCAUUACAGGCGCAAACAUCAAUAGCUCUCCUUCCAAAGAUCUAGCAAGUACUCAAGAAAUUUGUUCAUCAGAACACGACCAACAGGCUAAUAAUACAGAUGCUCCUAGGAGACAUAGCACAAGAAAGCGACCACUGACCACCAGGGCUCUGGAAGCUCUCGAAUCUGGUUUUCUUACAACCGAGACAGUAAAAAGCACGGUUAAACCAAGAAAACGUGAAAGAUCUUCGAAGAGAAAACGGUCAGCUAAAGUGAGUAACAGAGCACAGCUUUUGCCAGACAAUGGGAUUGCAGCUAUUAUGGAGCAAAGAGGAGGAGAAGAAGAAAGCAAAGCAACAGCAAGUAACAACCCUUUGAAUCAGAUAGAGGAUACAAAGCCUAGCUUUAUUCUUAACGGAGCCACCACAACUGAGAGCAAGGCUCUGGACCAAAGACAUGAUUCAAAGCCAGUGAAAGCUGAACAUCCUAAACUUCCACCGAUCAUUUUAAAGCUUUCACUUAAGCGUAGCAGAGCUUCAGAGACUUAAAAAGAUUUUUGGGGCUGGCUGUGAGAGGAUUUGACCUUUGCUAUAGAUAAAAUGUAUGUGUACAGAACUAAGAUUUUUUUUUUAAAAGGGUUUUAUUCCGUACUCUUCUUCUUUCUUCUUCAUUUUUUUUUGUUGGGUCAAAUGUGACAACGCUACACAACAUACCCCAAAGGAUGUUUUCUUCUCUCAGUUUUUUUCUUUUGUCUUUCUAAAUGGUGAAGUCUGCUAUUUGAAUUAACUUUCUUCAAACC